GUGUGUGUGUGAGACUGUCUGUCUGUCUGUAGAGGGGGUUACACACAGUGAUCUACAGCAGCAGAAGAGGAAGAGAGAAGGGAGAGAGGAGGGGAAAAGGAAGGACAAAACGACUGGUGAGAAGAAAAGAGGAGGAAUAGAGGACUGUUUGUUUUCACUGUUUUAUGUCGAUUUGAAUAACGUUAAGGAGGAAAAAAAACCGCGUUCAGAAGAGCAAGUUGAUUUGCACCAGUUUUGCAUGAGCUGGAGAAAGAGAGCGCAGAGAGAGAGAGAGAGAGAGAGAGAGAGAGAAACCCUGAGUGUGUAAGUGUGUGUCUUCUUCUCAGCUCACAAACCGACACGUGUUGAGCUUCACUCUACUUCAUCUAGAGUUUAACCUGCUCUAACGUUCAUCCAGGAGUGGAGCUUUAGCUGUGUGUGUGUGUGAGAGUGUGUAUGUGUUUGUGUGUGUGUGUUUACUGAGACGGACACACUCUGUUUCAUCUUCACGUGGCGUUUUUCACUCACACUGAGCUGAGCAACACGGCGAGGAAAAGCCCAGAGCAGAGUUUUGUCCCGCUGCUCUUCCUGAAGCGUCCCGGACUAUGGCAGCGGUAACAACCCCGGAGUCGAGCCCUCAGCCCCGGGUCUACUUCCAAACCCCCCCCGGUACCGAAGAGAGCGAGCCCCCGGCCCGGAAACAAGGCCGGGUUACGGUGAAAUACGACCGGAAGGAGCUGAGGAAGAGACUGAACUUGGAGGAGUGGAUCAUAGAUCAGCUUACAGAGCUGUACGACUGUGAGGAGGAGGCGAUUCCUGAACUGGAGAUAGAUGUGGAUGAGUUAUUGGACAUGCAGAAUGAUGAGGAUCGCGCUGCACGUGUUAAGGAUCUGCUGGUGGACUGUUACAAACCUACUGAAGACUUCGUAGUCGAGUUGCUUGACAAAAUCCGCGGCAUGCAGAAGCUCAGCACACCUCAGAAGAAAUGAUGCACCUAUAGCCUCGGCUCCUCCUCCUAACCCUCCCCCAGCCAAUCCCAGCUUCUUCCUCUGCUUCGCCAGGUGCUCGAUCACAUGAGGUGGAGGGGGAAGUGAGGUGACUGGGGAAUCUAGCCAGUCAGAUUCUUAUAAGCAGGGCUUAUUUUUGUUUUCUUCAUUUUGUUAACUUUAUGGUAUAUUAUUUUUUUUCUAAAAGGGGAAAAGACUUCAUAGUGUUUUGAAGCAUUUGUAGAAAUCCUAGCAAUAUAUUUCUACACAUACAUUUUUAGAUGUUAGGUGACUGUGUGAAAUUUUGCUCUGAUGCAAUACUGUACGCGUGUCCCCAGUGGACAACACUCGCUUCAAACAUGCUGUUUGUAAUUCUCAAAUGUCAAAAUGUUAUGACCCUUACUGCAAUAUAGUAAGUUGGAAAAAGAUAAGAUAUGCGGCCUUGUCCUUUUUUUCUGUUUUUUUUUUUUAAAUGUAUUCCUUCAUUUUAUCUUGGGGGUUUUUCAUACAGCAUGAAAGAGCUUUGCAAGGGAGUGAUGUAGAUCUGUUCUGGGUAUGAUCUGGAUGAGGAUGAGGUGGAUGGUAGUGGAAAACUGGAGCUUUUUUGAGACAAGCAAACCCACAUACAUAGAAACACACGUUUACACACACACAUGCAGACAGACGGGCGUCACCCCCCUCAGGGAUCAGUGGGAACAUAUACCACACACCACAGCUGUGGUUAUUAGGCCCCAAACUCACACACAGAUGUGCACGAUGCAUGUGGAGCACAGAGGGAGAUGACGGCAUGCUGGAGAAUCUCGUGGCUUGCCAUGAGGUCUGCCAGUUUAUAAGAUCCCGAUUAAUGUUUUCAUUUGAUUCUGUUAAAUCAUCUUCUUUAGAAAGCCAUCUGCUUCCUUUCUCAUAGCCGAUCAAACACAACAAUAAUAGGGCUAAUCACAUAUUCCAUGCCUGUCAGUGGACUGAGUGGCCCAGUGCUUCACUUUCAAUCCCCCAUUUUUCACAUUCAUUCAAUAUACACAAACGAGUGCACAGCCUGUUAAUGGGUAUGAUAUGUUAUCUUGUAAUGACUGUAAUUAGUAACUCCACAUGAUCGGGAGUCAAAUACAAGACAGAGAGUCCCUCUAACCACAGCUCCUAUGUAGUUCCUACUAAUUUGUGUCCUCCUCUCUCCAUCCAGCCUUCAUCUUUUCCCAGUAAAAAUACCCUUUUCUAUAUCAGACGUUGCCUUAGUACAUACCUGUAUACUACGUUACACAAACCAAAUAAAUGGAAGCAUUCAUUAUAAAAGAGCAAUUUGAAACUUUUCAGGCUGUAGGGUUCAAAACCUCCUCAUAGUACUUUCCUUGAUUCUGCUUUCUAGAAAAAAUAAGUUGAAUCCAUUUGAAAGUUGAAUACAAGUUGAAAGGUAAUUUUUAGAUGUGCAUAAAAUAAAAUGGACUUGUCCAUUUUAUUAGUGUGUGUAUUAUAUCAGGUAAAGCUGUUGUUUUUUUUUCCUACAACAGCACACAGAAUAUGCUAAAAUCAUUAACUAAAUUUAGUAAGACACAUGAUGUAUUUGAUAAAAUGCAGACAUCUGACAUUAGUCUGUAAUUGAAGGUCAUAUUUGGUGGGGUGGGGGGAAUUUAUGAGAAAAUGUAGCAAUAAAUUUUUGUUAGUUUCCUGGGUUUGUUAAACUUUAUGCAACUUUAAUAAAAAAUAUUGAAAAUACCAA